GCGGCCCCGCGCCCCGGCGCGCGGCUCUAAAGCGCGGCGCGGGCGGCGCGGCGCACACGCCAUGGCCGCCGCCGCGCAGUACCUGCCGCGCUCCGCCGCGCUCAUGCACCCCGACGGCGACCGCCUGCACCAGGGCACCACGUACCGCGAGGUGCAGAAGAUGAUGCACCACGAGUACCUGCAGGGGCUGGCCCCCGCCGCCGGGCACGCCGUCGGGCUGGCGCACCACCAGUGGCUGCCCAGCGCCGGCACGGACUGGGGCAGCGGCGGGGGCGGCGGCGGCGCGCACCUUCCGCCCGCCGAGCACGCCAAGGGCGGCCCGCCGGGACCCCGCGAGGAGCUGUCGGCCGCCGCCUUCCACCACCGGCCGCACCUGGUGCACCAGCCGGCGGCGGGCGGCGCGGCGGGCGGCUGGGCGCAGGGCGGCGCGCACCACCUGCCGCCCAUGUCCCCGCCGUCGGGGCAGCCGCUGCUCUACGCGCAGCCCUACGCGGGCAUCAACGGGAUGCUGGGCCCGCCGGCGCCGGCGCUGCACCACGGGCUGCGCGACCCGCUGGGCGCCGAGGAGGCGGGCGGGCACGAGCUGGCGGCGUCGCCGCCGCCGCUGGGGCCGCCCGAGCCGUCGGACGAGGACGCGCCCAGCUCCGACGACCUGGAGCAGUUCGCCAAGCAGUUCAAGCAGCGGCGGAUCAAGCUGGGCUUCACGCAGGCCGACGUGGGGCUGGCGCUGGGCACCCUGUACGGGAACGUCUUCUCGCAGACCACCAUCUGCCGGUUCGAGGCGCUGCAGCUGAGCUUCAAGAACAUGUGCAAGCUGAAGCCGCUGCUCAACAAGUGGCUGGAGGAGACGGACUCCAGCACGGGCAGCCCCACCAACCUGGACAAGAUCGCGGCGCAGGGCCGGAAGCGCAAGAAGCGCACGUCCAUCGAGGUGGGCGUCAAGGGCGCCCUGGAGAACCACUUCCUCAAGUGCCCCAAGCCCUCGGCGCACGAGAUCACCUCCCUGGCGGACUCCCUGCAGCUGGAGAAGGAGGUGGUGCGGGUCUGGUUCUGCAACCGGCGGCAGAAGGAGAAGCGGAUGACGCCGGCCGGGGUCCCGCAUCCCCCCAUGGAGGACGUUUACGCACAGGCGGACACUUCGCCGCUGCACCACGCGCUGCCCGGCGCCGUGCAGUGACUGCCCGGAGCCCGCGGAGCCCGGCGGGCAGCGGGGGACGCGUUUUUAAUUUAUUCUCAGACUGGCCCGGCCGCCCGCUCCGCGCCCCGCGCUCUAUUUAUUCGCCCGCCGGAGCCGCAGCGGCCGCCGCAGCAGUAGCCAAAGGUUUGCGAUCUCUAAUUUAUUCCCUUCCUCGCUCUGCCCGGCCCGGGGGGACGCUUCGAAACCAUUUCCCGGCCCGUCUCUAUUUAUUUCUAACCGUGCGCGGAGCUCGCACCCUCCCGUCGGUGGGUUCAGUCCGGUCCGUCCCCUGGGGUUUCGGUUUGUUUUUUUUUGUUUGUAUCUCUUAUUGCAAAAACCAAUGUAGACUGCGAGGGUACGUUUCUAUUUAUGUUAUAGUAAAUAUUUUAUUACUUACAUAAACCAUUUACCCAGGAACCGGUCUCGUGUCGUCUUUGCAGGCGCGGCGCUGCGGCCGGGGCAGCGCGGCCGUCGGGGCCGGUCCCGGUCCCGGUGGCCGCCGGGGAUCGCCGGUCCCGGUGUCGCCGGUGCCCGGCGGGGUUUGCGAGCCGCUGCCCUGCCGUGCUGCCCGCACCUUCCCGCGGGGUUUCGCUGGUGCGGGACCCAGCCCGCACGGAACUUCGCUCCCGCCUGCCGCAGGGGCGAUCCGCUGCGCUGCCCAGUGGAUUCCUUCUGCUCAAACCACGCUCCCGCUUCUUGUGGUGCCGCCAGCUUUCCGUGUCGUGGUUUCGUUAUUUCAAAUAUUCCCGAGUAUUUGGUGGUUAUGCCGGGAAAAACGCAGAAAAUGUAUUUUUCAGCCUGUCGGUUCUUGGAAGAAUGAUCCUGCAUCUCUGCUUUAAACCUUGUCUUGCAGCACCGAGAAAAGUCGCGUGUGAGGAUUGCUUGCCUUUGCAGGUCCGUGGAUCCCUGCGGUGUUUUGUGUGUUGGGAGAACUUUUGAAAUAUGUUCCCAUACAGAGCUCUUGCACUGAUUAAAUACUUGAUCGAAAUCUGGUAGCAAAGGACCAAAUUCUUUCUUCUUAGUUGGCUGAGAAUUUACUGAUGUUCUCAGACAUCUGGCACUGGAUGGUUUCCCCACUUUCUUCAGUACAAAUUAUGUGCUGUGAAAACAGAAGCUUUAAAGGGUUUUUUUUAGUGGAAGCACUGCAUUGUGCAUUGCAGUUUAUGUAUGAUUCUUUUUAAUAUACAUAAAAAUUUCUAACAUACCAAAUGUAACUUACUCUUGAAAAUUUAUGCUUGAAAAUUCUUGUCUUCGUUGCAGUUUGAUUUUGUUGCAUUUUGUGCCUUUGGUGAGGGUGUAUAUUAUUUGUCUGAGCAAUGUCACAUUUGCCAUUGAUAAUGUUAUAAUUUAGUGCAUUUUCAAUGUUUCUUAUAAUGUAGCUAUUCUACAUCAGCUAAUACAAGACUAUCAAGUUCUCAUUCAAAAUUCUAGUAAACUGAUUUUUGAGAUUUUAAAAUAAAGUCACUUUGAGCAGUUAUUUCAUCAAA